UAACAAGAGAAGCACUUCCGGAGUCAGAUAUCAUCCCCAACAUCCUUACAGCUCGCUGUCGGGUUUUCAACUUAACUGCGUCAUAACAAGAUUUAUACCUUCAGACAAAAACAUCGCGAAGCAGCCUAAACAUACUGUAGUCAGCAACAAUGAAGAUUUUGUUGUUAGCUGUUUUACUGGGUCUUGUUCUUUCUGUUGACUGUAGACGACGUAAACCGCAGAGAGGAGGUAAACAUGGACUCAAAAAAACAAAAGGUAAGUCUGUAAUAAUGAUCAAUCUUGUCGUCUUUUUACCGAUAGGGUAAAUACUUUCUUAAAUACUCUUUCUAAGCAGAAUCUUAGAGUCUUUUCCAAGUCACUCCCGACCAACAAACGUUCCUUCUAAAAUGUGUCGGGCCUUAGACUUGCUACGAGUCGACCUCUUGCCGAGCGGAGCGAGCCUUGUUUGGCCGCGAAGCGGCAACCGCGAGUGACGAAGUCGCGAGAGGUAGACCUUCGUCCCGCGCCAUAUUUAAUCCGACAAAGAACCUUUUGAAAGUCUAGUCGGGCCUUUGUGCGUAACGAGAUUGAAUGAAGACUGAAUAAAUCGUCCCUCAGAGUUGCACUUACUACGCUAUGAAGAAAUAGACUCUCUUUAAUCCGCUUUUCUGUUUUACCAUAUCACUCCAAUUCUUAUUUCACUUUGCUCUCAGGCUUAGGCUCGGCGGCGGGGCGGGGGGGGGGGAGGGGGGGUGGUUACUCCCUUUUAUAAGCCAUGUAGGUAUGUGCCAUCACAAGGGUAGAGUUUUUGCGCCGUUUUGGUCUGAAAACGGUUUUUGGACUGGAAUCGGGUAUGGUUUUCGAGGGAACUACAGGCCCGGGGGGGUACUCGCAGAAAAAUUGGGUAGGGGUGUGCGGCCCGCUUCCCAAAACCCUUACCCUAUUUAUGACCAAAAUCUGCGAUUUUCCCUACCAUAUUUAUGACCUAACCAAAAAUUUGACACCCUAUUUUGUGAAGGGCUUUUGUUGCUUGUAUUUUCUAGCCUACAAAGCAGCCGGUGGAGAGGAAGGCAAAGCGCGGAUGGAAGGAGGGGGACAUGAUAAGGAAGUAGCUUCUUCUAAAAAAGUGCAUUCAAGACUACAGUGCAAAAAUCGAUACCCAAUUUAUGACCAAAACGGCUGAAAAACCCUACCCUUUGGGGCCGCACAUACCUAUAUAGCCCAUAUUAGGGAGUACCCCCCCCGGGAUUACAGGACUGUAUGAACGUAUCAUUUUAUCGUUUCAAUUCCCAAAAUGUUAGGAUGGAUUUCCACUGUCGCGUAAUUUUUCAAUGUAUGAAAUGUCGCGCGUAAACAUAAAAGUUGAACCUCGCUCAACUUCACGUUUAAGCUCGACACUCUUGCCUCUAUUUUAUUUCCGCGUCGGGCGAGUAAAAUGUACGUGCGUGUACACGCACUUAAAAAUUUCUCGACAGUGGAAAUCCACCCUGAGAAAGAAAGAGAAGUACGCGAAUUCGAAAUAGAUUUUAAGAAAUAUUUUAUUGAAAAUGACACUUUUUAGUCUGAAGUAGGGUCAGGAUUUGGAGAACCGGGCGGCAUACCCCACGAAGAAUUCCCAGGCAUACCCCCGGGGGCUUUCAGAUGCAAUUUUGUCGCUUACGUGUGCCCCGAGGGCUGGGGGCAGGAGUAACGUGCCACUGAACAGAAUACGGUUGUUCCCUUAAGUGUUGGCGAUCAGCCACCUGUGGUACUACAUUUGUAACAAUAUUUUCGAAAAAAAAAAAUUAAAUCCGUUAGGUUAAUUUAAAAAAUUGCUUUCACCCGUAUAUAUACAUAAGCGAACUGACGUCAAUUUUGCCAGUAUAACUUUCCCCGAGUAAUAAAGUUUUGACCGUCGAUCGCCAUGUUUGAUCAUGAUGCUCGCUCGACGAAAAAAAUCUUUCAGAAGAAUUUUAUGAGACAAUGUUAACAGGUCUUUACAUCCCCGCGAGGAAAUAAUAUCGCUCAGGGAAAUUCAGGCGGUGUAGCCAGGAUUAAAUAGUGUGAAUCGCAAUUGCACGUGAUUCUUUAUGUAGGUUCUACAACUGGUUCGCUGAAAGCAAUUAAUGCUUAGAGGUAAGUUCUUCGUCUCUCCUUUCCUCGAGGCUUAAUGACUUGUUUCUACGAGCGAAUCCUACACCACACUACGUACAUACCAACCCCACCUACGAAGAAUGUAUUUCUUUCCCUUCGCUUUUCUUUUGUGGCCCAGGGCGCGGGAAUACUCCGGAUUUCAAUUGACGGGAAUGAUCGAAUGGGAGCAAAAAUCAAAACCCAAUGCAAAAGAAAUGCCUACGGCUUCCGACAAAACCCCCAAAAAAUCUCUGGGCCAAAAAUUCCCCCCUAAAAAUAUCCCAAGCCGAAUUUCCAAGCCUUAAAAGUACAAGAAAGUAGAACAAGCUUGGUUGUACUUUAUUCGCAGAACUACGCGGCCCGAAUGUGCGGGCAUUACUACGAAUCUUCAGAUUGUUUUGAAUAACCCAAAAAAAUCCCUACUUAAAUCAAGCCACCUAAAAAAAUACUUGCCGAAUUUUCCUACCCUUCCCCCCCCCCCCCCUCCGGACUACAAUACAUUCCAUCCCCAGCUACGGAAAAGAUCUUUUUUUUCCCUUGGCUCUUCUGUGGAUGCCAGAUUACAGGCCUAUGUUCACUCAAAAGUACUUUGCGCGCCUCACUGACUAUAAGACAAAACGGAAAAUCUGCGAACUCGGCAGUGGGCGCCAUAGAAAGCAGAGAGACGAAAUUCACUUGCGCGUAAUUUGGGAUUGUUUUUCUUUUGUCGUUUUGUGUUUCUUGUUUUUUUUCCAAGCUCCGUGCGAUUGUAAUGUACUUCUAUAACUCCCACUAACGAGGUUUCCGUUAUAGAUCUGUUAUAAAGGGGCUCCCGCAAGGGGAGUCAGUUGACAAAAAAGGGCAUAUAAUAAGUCACGAAAUCAUCGAGGACAGAUUAACUCAGCUCUCGAGUCAUGAUGAAAGAAACGUUCGCUUAAUAUAUCCGUGUUUAUUGACUUUAUUUUUAUCAUUCUCCUCUCAUUUUGUUAGUCGACAGGUGCUUCAUAUGGAAUUGCAAGAAGCCUAAGUGCUUAAAUGUACGAACAUGUGACCAGUGUAACGAGGGAUUCAUGCGCGUAGAAGCACCUCUUGGUUUUGCCUGUGCACGUAACUGUCCUUUAUCACACACGCAAGUCAGCAAAACAACGUGUGUCAGAGGUUCGUAUAAGUCGUAAAUAAGUUUCCACUUGCAACUACGCCGCAGUCAGAAUCGUUAUCAAAACGACAGAGUCUUAAACAGAGUAGCCUGAGUAUCAGGCAUUUGGGGGGAAAGGGCGAAGAGAGAGGCGAAAACAGCAAAGAGAGAGGCGAAAAGGGCGAAGAGAGAGGCGAAAAGGGGAGAAAGCGAGUGGAAGAAACGCCUUCCUUUCUCUCUCAGUUCUCCACCUAACCCCCCUCAAAUCUCAAUCUCCUCACACCUAACCCCUAAGAAAGGCCUGAUACAGUAAAACCUGCAUUUUUCCACGUUAGCCUAAACAGGUUCUUACAAUACAUAAAUGGUAAUUAGAACAAAUUUGACCUGGCUAUUUACUAGGUUGUUAAAUAGGUUCUUCAUUUCUGAAGAAAAAGUGCGUUACAGCUAAGAGCAUCUAGUGGUAUUCAGCUUAUUCAUUGAAUAAAAUGUGUGUAUCAUUAUAUUGCAGUUGGAGUGACAAAGUGCCUUUUUGUCGUCUAUGAGAAUCCUGAAUGUUAACUUAUCUUUUUGCCUAAUUGUACAUAAUUUUUUAUAUGGAUUUUAAUUUAGAAAAUAAGAACCUGUUUCAAAUUUUAGACUAAACAGCUUCUUGUAUAGAGAGAGCCUAACAGGUUCCUAAAAACCAGGCUCUUAGUCGUGGGUUUUUACUGUACUCAAGUUAUAAAAUCAAAGAGAGUACUAGUCUUCUGUUUUGCGUAUGACCCUGUCGCUUACAAUCUAGUGUAAACUGUUGUAGCUUGCGCAGUCGCAAGCCGAAGCGAAAGAAUAAGCCAAACACAGUGGCUUGGAUGGGGCACUGUGAUUGGUUUAUUCUGCUUCCAUUGGCAAAUCCGACAAUCUGGUUUUCAUUAGAUCAUAAGCGAUGGCCGGGGGAAGUUAUAAAGCGGAAUAAAUCAUCCAGGGGGGUAGCAUUCCUAUUCGCCGCUUCAUGCUAUGGAAACCGGGUUAAACUUCGGCCGUUAUUUGAGCCUUAUUAUUUUUGUUCUCAUUUCCAAUAAAACAUAACUGUUUGCAAAACGAUGAAUAUAUGAAUUUCAUACAUUUAGACCUCAGAAUGAAAAAAGCUCUCCAUUUUCUCGUAUUGGAGGACUUAAAUUACGAAGUGCGAGUCUACUGUAAAUUAAAGUCGGUAUCAGUUCCUGCUGAAAUUGUUUUCCGAUUUUUAGCAUUUUAGAGUGUCAUCACGGUAAUUUAAUGUAUCAGUUCUUACCCUUUAUCCUUGAAAUAAGAUUCCUUUCUGAUUUUUCCUUAGCAUGCACCAAGAAUUGCAAGAAAUGUGUAAGAGGUUCUUGUUACGUUUGUGAUCGCGGCUAUGUGCUUUCCAAAGGCACCUGUAUUCGCAGAUGUCGUAGAGGAUACAAACUAUUAAACGGGAAAUGUUUGAAACAAGUACCAUUAAACAAACGUAAGUACCAUUAAAUGAUAAUAUAUAGAUUUAGCCAGGGCUAAAAGUGAAGCUCCCGUUAAUAAAUGUAUUAUUCAAAUCAAACAAUAAACUUGUAAUCCACAAAUCAUUUAACUUAAGGGCACAUUCAUAUGACUUGUGGGAAAGGCUGAGUGAUUGUAGAGAAAAUAUAAUUUGCAAACAGUCCAAGAAUGUAACAAAUCGCACGUCGAGUUAAUAGUCUUCUUUGUGCACCCAAAAAAUAGCAAUCAUGCGCCUUUGAUCACGGUAGAUUAGGCUUGGAAAACAAAUUCUUCCCACACAAAAUAUCCCGGUACCAACCUUGAGGCUGAAAGGGAGGCUACAAUAAAAAAUCACCGGGAAGCUUAAAUCUGCAAGGUUUUAAACAUGACUCACGAUUUUCAGUAAAACGUGGGUUGUACAAACGCAUCGCACGAUUUCCCGCCAAGAAAAUAUAACACACCCCUUCCCCAGCUCGUCUGACUCCGGAGUCUCUUCCCUCCCCCCCAGAGAGUGAACGGACGGACGGCGUACGCUGAUGUCACGACCAAAAUUUCUCGGAUGGAUAGAUUACCAAAGUAAUCACUUUCUUCUGUUUAUUUUUUACAGAAUUCAAUCGUGCCAGUUCCAAAAUCGCCCCAUGUAAGGGGAAAUUUUUGCUUGUGCAAUCUAGACUCCAAAAAAAUUUUGCUUGUGGAAUCCUGAAACCUAGGCUACUUACUAUAGGUUCUUAUAUUAAAUAUGUUCUUAUUUUCUGAAGGAAAAAAUACGCUGAAGCUAAAAGUAUUUAGUGAUAUUCAGCUUAUUCCUUAUAUAAAAUCUGCAUACCAAUACAUUAAAGUUUGAGUCAGUGAUAAGGCGCCAAUUUCUCCAAAGAUAAUCAGGAAUGUUGGCGGAUUUAUCUUAUUUGCCCAAGUGUACAGGGUUUUGAAUAUAUAUAGAUUUUAGAAUAAAAAUUUUGUUUCAAAUUUUAGGCUAAACAGGUUCUGGUAUACAAGGGGUGUAACUGGCAAAUUUUAGCCAAACAGUUUCUUAAAAACCAGGUUCUAACUCACGAGUUUUUACUGUAGCAAAACUAGUCGUUACAAGAAUUAAUGAAUGAAUUUUUCGCUUACCUCCAUUGUAGCUUGUCGUGUGAUGAACUGUAUCCUUUGUCCCAAGCGCAAGAGUUUGAAGUGUUCCAGAUGCAAACGUAAUAUGUACAAACUGUCGGCUACACGACUGCGGGACUUUUGCUUUUCUCAUUGCCCCUCAGGAUACGCCGCUAAAACAGUAAACGGCGUCAAUAUCUGCAAGAAAGACGGUAAGGAAAAGAUAUACUAACUUUCUUUAUUAUGAUCCAUUUUGAAGUCACGGUGAUCUUUGCAACUUGGCCUCAGCGAAAUUAUUUAUUCUCAUUUGGCUCUAAAUCGCUCCAUAUAAGCGACGUCAGUUCUGUUUGCAUAAAAAAUGUUGAUUGAACUUCAUGUGCUGCAGUUUUGGUCCGAAAUCAUAUUUGUGACUUCAAAUCCUUCUCCUGUGGCGCGCUCUUUCGAUUUUGAAAUCAUGCAUAUAAUCUGUUUAAACCAAAAAAUUGCACUCCACUCAGUUCAACAAAAAUUGUUAUUAUACAUUGUACUUACGUACCGUCUUCUCAUUGGCUAAGAACCAACAGUUAUUUUUGAAAAUUAGCGCAACUUACAGGGUACAGAGUUCGUUAUCUGCUAGCAGAUAAUAUCACAAAAACCUCAUUCAAUAAUUGUGUUUUAAUAGUUAGGGUAAGGAAAUAGAGUACUAGAUGGCAAAGGGGCUAAACCAACAAGGAACAGAAAAAAACAUCUAUACCGUGUUCAUUUUUCAAUUCUUGUCUUUAGCUCAACCUUACACUAAAGGGGCUGCAGUGACCACGCCCGAACAUACCCCAGAGCCUGAGUUCAGUACCCUGGAACAGACCGCUGUACCAACAGCCGAACCAGAAAUCCACACAACAGAUAGUUUUAGUACUGAAACAUAUACUGUGCCAGAGGAACUAUGGCCAUAGCCGCUGUUUCGUUUUCAGCUGUUUUCUUUUUCUUCUGUUUGUUUUUUGAAGCAUAUAAACCGGGAUCGAGCUUAUUAUCUUUUGAAGUGAGAAUUCGUGCGUAAUUAAAAUAACUUUGCGCAAAAGCUGGCUGUCCUCCCCUUAUUCAAAUGUAUUUUCUACCGAGGAAAAAAAAGAGCCAGUCUUAUUUUUACAAAAGCUCCAAAAGUAGCUGGCGGUGGUGAAAGAAGUGGUAUAAUCCUCGUGAGUUGUCUCUUAGGGUGGAUUUCCUCUGUCGCUUAAUUUCUACUUGCUUAUCAGCGUACAAAAAUAGCGGCGUUGUAUGAAAGGUUCCGCGUAAAAGUAAAACGUACAAGUUGAACCUCCCUCAAAUUUGAUGUUUACACGUGACCUUUCAUAUAAUAGACAGACAUAGGGCGCUUUUCAAAAGUCAGAACUGACCGGCAGGACCAUAGCCGGACCAGUGAUUUCGACAAUGACAAAUGUUUUUUCCAAGAGUUUUUGUUGAAACACCAUCGCUAUCGUGCAUGCUACUUAGGAUUUCACUGAUCUGGCUGGAUAGUUUUGAUUAAAAGUGAAAUUCUCAUCGUGACUGGAUUGGUCUGUCCGGUCAGUUCUGACAAAUGGAAAGCGCCCUUAGAGUCACGUUUACAGCAAACGGCAAACGUCAGAUUCAAGUUGAGAAUCAAUUUCUCAAAAGAGAAAACGUGCAGCUAUAGAACAUAGUUGAUAGAGUGGAAUGGUUAUGAAACCUUUUAAACUCCUUUGUUCUAUGUUUUUGUAAACCUGACGGUGCACAACGUUCAAUAGUAUUCCCAUCAUUUUGAUCUAAUUAGCCAAACAAAUGUCCCAUUAAUUAAUUCGGUCGCAAUAUGCAAACAGAAAAUAAAGGAUUGUGCACCGUCAGGGAGUUUGAUGUUU